AGUCCGCCAAGAAAGGGAUGAAGCAAAAAUGACCAAAUCUGGAUCAGAUAUUUGGUAUGAUUUCUUCCUAUAACAUUCCCAAACCCUACAAGUAGAUAAGAUUAUGCAGCUAAUAAAGAGCAGUUUAUACCACCAUAGUCAAAACAUUGGAGAUUAAAAGAAUGUUGUUUACAUGUUCGACAAAAUGUUCCAACCAAGGAUAUUUUCACUCUCGAAAAAUUCAGAAUUUAUCAAGUUAGCUAGACCGGUGACAUGUAUCAUUGGCUUUGUAUCACUGUUUACCAAAAUGGGUAUAUCUGCUUUUACUUGAAAUCCUUCGUUCGUUAAAGAAGAGACCUUAAAGAUGGUUCAGUAUGACUAGUGUCAAGGGAUCAGUCGUGGUUGCUUUUGAUUAUUCCAUGAAGUAAAAUAUGCUGCAAGUAUAUGUGUACAUUUGUUCAAGACCACCUGCGACAGCAGGCAAAGUUAUUCACAUCGUAUGCAGCAUUUAAGGCUGGUGCAUUUUAGUUUGAUGCGCCACUUCAGCUUAUUCUACUUUACAACCGAGUAGUGGAUGGUCCAGUCUUUACAGCUGAGAAUAUACUAGUUUACAAGGUAAUGGAUCUAUAUCCUCAAAAUUGGAAAUGACUUCGAUAUGAAGAUUGCAAGCUGCAAACUAUGCGUGAUGUCUUGGGGUGUUCUUGCUGUCAUAUGCUCUAUCAAGCAGUGAUUCAAUCCCCUGAAACACAAAAAAUCUUCAUCUGUGAACCAUAAGCAUCGAAGAAUAAAGCAAAGUUGUAACCAUGGGAAGUCUUCCAACUGAUAUCAUUGAAAGCAUGUCAGUAUGCUCUCAAAACCCACUAGACCCAGAUGAAUUUAGAAGGCAAGGUCACAUGAUUAUUGACUUCCUUGCUGAUUACUACAAGAAUGUUGAGAAAUAUCCAGUUAGAAGCCAAGUCGAACCUGGUUACUUGCAGAAACGAUUACCUGAGGCCGCUCCCAAGAAUUCUGAGGCUAUAGAAACCAUUCUUGAAGAUGUCACCAAUGAUAUCAUUCCUGGUCUUACUCACUGGCAAAGUCCAAACUACUUCGCUUAUUUUCCUUCAAGUGGUUCCGUUGCAGGUUUCCUUGGGGAAAUGCUCAGUACUGGAUUCAAUGUCGUCGGAUUCAAUUGGAUGUCAUCCCCAGCUGCAACUGAGUUAGAGAGUAUUGUUAUGAAUUGGCUUGGCCAAAUGCUUACACUUCCCAAAUCAUUUCUCUUCUCAUCAGAUGGAAGUUCAGGAGGAGGAGGAGUUUUACAGGGAACUACUUGUGAAGCCAUUUUGUGUAUACUGACUGCAGCAAGAGAUAAAAUGUUGAACAGAAUCGGUAGAGAAAAUAUCAAUAAGUUAGUUGUUUAUGCUUCUGAUCAAACCCAUUGCGCACUACAAAAAGCUGCUCAAAUUGCUGGUAUAAACCCGAAGAACGUCCGUGCUAUUGCUACUUCAAAGGCUACAAAUUUCAGCCUCUCGCCAAUUUCACUCCAAUCGACCAUCUUAGCUGAUAUCGAAUCCGGGUUAGUUCCGAUGUUUUUAUGUACUACUGUUGGUACAACUUCAUCAACAGCCGUCGAUCCUAUUGGCCCACUUUGCGAGGUCGCCAAAACUUAUGGAAUUUGGGUUCAUGUGGAUGCGGCUUAUGCCGGAAGUGCUUGCAUCUGUCCAGAAUUCAGGCACUUCAUUGAUGGUGUAGAGGAUGCAGACUCAUUCAGUCUAAAUGCACACAAGUGGUUUCUCACUACUUUGGAUUGUUGUUGUUUAUGGGUCAAAGACUCUUUUUCCCUUGUCAAUGCAUUAUCAACAAAUCCAGAAUAUUUGAAGAACAAGGCAACUGAAUCGAAACAAGUUAUUGACUACAAAGAUUGGCAAAUAGCACUCAGCAGAAGAUUCCGAUCCAUGAAACUCUGGUUAGUACUUCGCAGCUACGGAGUUGCUAACUUAAAAACUUUCCUCAGGGGUCAUGUUAAGAUGGCUAAGCAUUUUCAAGGACUAGUUGGUAUGGAUAACAGGUUUGAGAUUGUGGUUCCUAGGACAUUUGCCAUGGUAUGUUUUCGCCUUAAACCAACUGCCAUUCUGAAGCAAAAGAAAAUUGAAAACGAUGACAUGGAAUCUGAAGCAAAUGAUAUCAAUACGAAGCUGCUGGAAUCAGUCAAUGCAUCCGGUAAGAUAUAUAUGACUCAUGCUGUUGUAGGAGGGGUGUACAUGAUUCGGUUUGCUGUCGGGGCAACACUGACAGAGGAACGACACGUGAAUGGGGCUUGGAAGGUGGUUCAAGAGCACACAGACGCCAUAUUCAGAGCCUUGGAUGGUGAUAUAAUCAACCAGGAAAUUGUCCAUUGAGGUGUGGAGACAGGAACAGAGUAUACGCAAAUUAUUAUGUGCUAAUACUAAAUCACCAUAAAUAAUUGAUUUCCUUGUAAUUUCACGGACUUGUAUGCAAAGCAGAGACAUUUGUAAUCCAUUCGUGUUCUGGAAGAUAAUUAUCGUUAUCUUUUCGCCAA